UGGGACACGACAAUUAUUUACAUAACACACUAACUCGAAAUCCGUAAGCCUUCUCUUUCGAUUCAAGGAAACUAGUGUCAAAAUGGCCAAGUCCAAAAAUCAUACCGCCCAUAACCAGAGCGCCAAGGCUCACCGUAAUGGUAUCAAGAAGCCCCAGCGUCAGAAAUACCCUGAUAUGCGUGGUGUUGACCCAAAGUUCAAGAGGAACAUGAGAUUCGCCAAGAAGCACAACAAGAAAAAUGCUGGAGCGGCCAAGGUUGAGGCGUAAGCGCGUAUGACAAUGAAUGAUGGGACAUGGUGGAGCUGAUUAAUAAACUAGUGUACUAUACCCUGAAACUUGAGAUCUCCAGGCUGGAGGUUUGAUUUGUACAAUAUUCUGUUGUAUGUAUACUUUGUCUCGAUUGUGGAUAUAUCAGCAAUGGACUGUUAACUCCAAAUACUAGUAUG